AUGGAUGGGGCACCGCCGGAGCGCCGCCGGCGCUGGGCGCGCAGCUCAGGGUCCCUGGGCUCCAGAAGGCGCCCCAGGAACCAAUUGCAGCCUGCGGGAGCGGGUGUGGGCGUGCCUGGCGCGCCCUCGCCGAGCGCGCCCUCGCCGAGCGCGCCCUCGCCAGCUGCCUCGGACACCACUGAGGGCCAGGUCGCCCCAGGCAGUGAGGACGCUCACGCCGAGGCAGUGGCCAGUGAGGUGGCAUCCGAGGGCAGCGGGGCUUGCGCUCCUGUGCCUUUGGAAGUCUCCAGAAUCUCCGGAGUCUCCGACAAUGGAGGCGUUUGUCCAUCUCCACAGUCCCCGUUGCCGGCGCCUUCCAGUGAUGGCCAGGCCUCUGGAGCAGAUGGCUUCGGAUGGAAUGCUGGGGAUGACAAGGGGAGUAGCGAUCGGGACGGGAACGACAGCCAGGAGGCCAAGAAUAGGGGCGAGGGCGGGAAGGACAUUCAGGACAGUGGGUCGCCAGCCUUGGAGCCAAACUCGCCGACAGAUCUGUGCCUACCGAUGGAUCUGGGGACCUGCGUUUUAGCCGUGAGCCCGGCAAGUCCAAAGGAUUCGCCGUCGCCGCUCACCAAUGCGUCGGUGGCCGAUGCGAGCGCGGCUGUGCGCAACCUCAAAGAGGACCCCAAAAGUCGAAGGCGUUGUUUCACCUGCAGGGACUUCCCUUUCUGCACGGCGCACUGCCCACUGCUGUUCGCCCUGGUGGUGCUGUUGGCCACCCCGGUCCUUGUGGCGGUGCUGUGGCCGGGCUUCUCGGUGAACAACGACACCUCGGUGUUCCUGGAGGCGGAUGGCCAAUCCAACGCCAUCCGGGCCGCCUUCCUGGGGGCCCUGCCCCACCGGGAGCCAGCCCGCAGGCUGAUGACCGGCUCCAUGCCGGCCAUCGACUACCGCGACAUGUACAAGAUCGACAAGGUGCUCCUGUACUACCGCACGGACCAUCCUUUGGGGCUGCUGCAGCCUGGUGCACUUCGAAGCAUCCAACAGCUAGAGCUGGGCAUCCGAAACGGACCCUUCUUCCAACAGGUCUGCAAGGAGCUGACGACUGCCGGCCUGGAGGCUGUGUGCGACCCUGGCUACUCGUUGAUCAACGCUGCCUUUCCCAGCGGCGGUGAGAACACCAGCGAAGACGCGGCAUACCUGGAGCAGCGGCUGAACGGAAGAGGCAGAAAGGUGCUGAGGAGCGAUGUGAUACAGAGGAUCCUGAUGUCCAAGGAAGAGUACAAGACGCUGAUCCUCCCAAAAUCCUACACCGAAGGGCCCAUUUUCGCCGCCCGGACGUAUUUUGGCUUCAACAUGAAGUGCUGCCGGAUCGAGGACACGGUCCAGGUUCGGCGCGAGCAACUGGCGCAGCUGAACGUGAAGUGGACGAAGUUCCUCUCGGCGGAACUGGUGCCAAAGCUCGAGAAGUUCGCGCGCGACCAGCAGAUGAUCAGGCUGAACUAUGAGGGCGGGGGUCUGAACACCCUCCAGCUGCUCGCGGUGUUACAAUCUGAUUGUUUGUUCGCCAUCGGCUCCAUCACCUUCAUCAUCUCCUACCUCACCCUGCACGCGGGCAGCAUGUUGCUGUCCUGUGGCUCGAUGUUCCUUACCAUCUUGGCCAUCCCAGUGGCCUUUGUGCUCACCGCGCUGCUGAGCGGCUCCAACGAGGUCACAGGCGCCGCCUUCCUGUCCAUCUUCCUGAUCGCGGGGCUGGGCGCGGACGUGGUGCUCGUGUUCAUCAACUUCUGGGAGCACUCCAAGUCCUACCACCCGGAGUCUGACACGGUGGCGCGGGUGAAACACGUCUACCAGCACGCGGGAUUGGCAUGCUUAGGGACCACGUGCACGACUGCCGCGUCCUUUUUCGCCAACCUCGCCUCAGUUCUGCGCGCCCUGCGCGAGUUCGGAUUUUUCAUGGGCAUGUGUAUCUUGGGGGCCUAUGUGUAUUUGCUCGUGGGCUUGCCCGCCCUGCUCAUCCUCAACGACAAGAUUUCGUGCCGGAAAUGCCUGCCCUCGUGGUGUCGGGUGAGAGGGUGCCGCGGGUGCUUUGGGCGCCUUGGGGGCUUUUGCGAGCGCCUGAUUGUUGUGGCCCGGAUCCCGUGCUUCGCCUUCUUUCUGGUUUUGGUGCUGACCUUUGGUGCCUGGACGGCGGGCGUGGUGACGGUGGACGUCGGGGUGCCGCAGAUGUUCCCCGCGGGCCACAACCUCAACAGCAUCGAGGACGUGUCGGCAGACUUUGAGGAGGCAGGGGAACGCUGGACCCCUGACACCAUCCGGAUCUGCAACUUUGUGAGGAGCCAGACCAAGGACGAAUUCCUGCAGUGCACGGUGCACCAGUGCCAGAUCACCUUGCAGGGGCCCUUGACCAUCCUGGGCCGUUCAAGUUCCGAGGUCGAGGCCGAGCUCGGCAAUUCCUCCGGGCCGGAGUGCUCCUGUUUCCCCUCCCAAUGGCCCAGCAGCAGCUGCUCCUGGAGCUCGGGCUCAGCCCACGCCAUGGUGCGGACCCGCGUGGUGGGGGACCUCGCGAGCGGCGCCUUGGAGACCUGGCGGCAGAGCGAGGAGUUCAAGGCCUUCGCGCUGGAGGCGGCGGAGAUGGCCAACCCCGGGCUCCAGGAGAAGCUGAAGAUGGGCAUGGGGCUCUCCUUCUUUCAGUGGAGUCCGCCGGCCUCCGGCGCACGGCCUCUGAAGCAGGAGUUCUGGGAGACCGGAGAGAUCUUCACCACCAACUACGAGGUGCUUCCAGACUUCGCCAUCCCCGUGGAGCUACAGAACAACAGCCAGCUGUGCGUGGCGGAGACGGUGUGCUACUGCGGGGCCCCGGCCUGCACCUAUGCGGGGGUCGAACGUUUGGUGGAGCCGGUGGUGCCAACCAGGCCCGAGUCCCAGAUCGCUCUGGCGCUCACGGAGCGGCGCCUACAGGAAGUGGAGGGGAGCGGACCAGCCGUUGGCCUGGCCCCACGGAGCCUCCUGGGUGCCGUGGACGUGGCCUUGGUGUGGGGUCUCUCGGUGGAAGGCGGCACCCCGCUGCUGGGCACGCUGGACACGGCCUGGCGCUUCAGCGCGCAGUUCCGACCCGAGGCGCCCUCCACCCAGCGCUUUCUGCUGCAGGCCUGCGAGCUGCCGUCGCGAGAGGAGCUGCUGGUGAUUUCCAGCACCUGCUGGAUCACGCAGUUCAAGGACUUUGCCGCGGAGAGGCUGCUGCCCUUCCCUCUGCAGGCCAACCUCUUUCAGAAGACCUUCAGCGAGUUUGUGGACGGGCGUGUGCUGCCCAACGGGAUUUUGGCGAAGGAGUUCAUGUGGCUAGGGGAGAACUUCGAGCUGAAGGCGACGUACUUCCAGUUCUAUGUGACCCUGAACUACAUGACGGCUGCCAGUGCCACGAUCCUCACCUUGAAGAAUGCCUGGGAUCAGGCGGUGGUGGACCUGAACCAAAAGGCGCCCGUAGAGCUGGGCCAGACCUGGCACACCUCGAGCCUGUGGAUCCGCGCGGAGGCGGAGAUGGCUAUCGUGAACAGCACCAUCCUCACCAUGAUCGUAAGCGCUGCCUGCGGGUUUCUGGGGGCUUUGUUCUUCACCCACUGCGACCUGCUCCUCUCUCUGAUGGUGGUCUUGAACGUGGUGGGUGUGACGGUGUCCCUGGCCUGGUUUAUGCUGGUGGUCAUGGGCUGGGCCGUGGGGGUCUUGGAGAUCUUGGGCCUCAUCGUCUUCGUGGGCUACAGCAUCACCUACUCCCUGCACAUCGCCCACAAGUACCAGGAGCACACCUUGGACACCCCGGACACGGACCCGCCCAGCGAGCGCCGGCGUCAGGCGGUGGUCUUCGCGCUGAAGACCAUGUCCGGCUCCAUCGUGGGCUCCGCCGUGACCACCCUGGGCUCCAGCUUCUUCCUCUUCUUCUGCCAGCUGGUGAUCUUCGUGAAGUUGGCCACGGUGCUCUUCUCCGUGACCUUCUUCGCCUGCCUCUUCGCCACCGUGGCCCUGCCCGCGGCGCUGCUGGUGCUGGGGCCCCUGGACACCUCCUGCGCGCGGCUGAUGCCCUGGGCCAAGAAGCUGCGGCAGCGGGCGAAGCGAGAAGCCAAGGAGGGCACGCACCGGUCGGCCAACGCCAGGAUCACUACGACCUUGGCCAAGAAGAUCCCCUUGGACAGCGGCACGUCCACCAAGACGGAGAUCUUCUUGUCCAGCUCCCCACGCGCCUUCAGGUCCGGUUGUGUGGCGCCGGCGGUGGUGGGCAGCCGCUCGAGCCAGGCCUUCCUUGGCUGGGGCGGCGCCCAGGAGCAGUUCCGGGAGUUCCGACAGGAGCUGGUGCCUUCCAUCACGGUGCUGUGA